AUGAACCGUGCAAAAAACUACGACGACAAAGUUCACUGCAUUGCAGACUUGGAAAAAGUUGCAAAUGAGAACCUCGAGCCUAUGGCCCGUGAUUUCUACAGUGGAGGGUCAAUGGACCUUGGCACUGUCAGAGAAAACCAAUCAUCUUAUGACAAGUACAGACUUCGUCCAAGGGUGAUGGUGGAUGUCAGCAACGUCGAUACGACCACCACAUGCUUGGGUGCAAAAGUCGCUUUCCCUUUGGGCUUUUCUCCAGCAGCCAACCACGGAAUGGCACACCCUGAUGCCGAAUUGGGAACAUCGAGAGCAGCUGCCAAAAAAGGUGUCAACAUGAUUCUCUCGAGCUGGUCCAACUCCUCGUCGAAAGACGUUAUUGACCAGGGCAAAAACUCAGGAAACGCUUACGGCCAACAAUUGAGUGUGGUGAAACACGACCCAACCAACAUGUCCAUCAUAAAAAACGCCGAGGCUUGCGGAUACAAGGCGCUUUUUGUUAGCGUGGACUGCCCAUGGCUUGGCAGAAGGUUGAACGAAAUGAAAAAUGACUUCAGGCUUCCCGACCACCUCAACUUCCCCAGCUACCCAUGGAUCAAAAGCGAUAACAUGGUCAGCGACGACGACAGGACUCAGUACCACCCAUCGCUCAAAUGGGAUUACAUCAGGUACCUCAAGACCAAGACAACAAUGCAGAUUUGGCUCAAAGGCAUCCUCACUCCAGAAGACGCAGCAUUGGCUGUGGAGGCGGGCGCUGAUGGGAUCCUUGUGUCGAACCACGGAGGCAGGCAAUUGGAUGGCGCCAUGUCCACCUUAGACGCCUUGCCUGACGUGGUUGAGGCUGUUGCUGGCAGAAUCCCCGUGCACAUUGAUGGAGGUAUCAGAAGAGGCAGCGAUAUCUUCAAGGCGUUGGCUUUAGGCGCCGACCACUGCUGGGUGGGACGCAUUCCUUUGUGGGGUCUUGCCUACAAGGGAGAGGAGGGUGUCAGCAUUGCCCUCAACAUUUUGCAUGACGAAUUCAGAACCGUGAUGGCUCUCAUGGGAUGCACAAAGGUGGAAGAUAUCAGGCCUGAACAUUUGGCGAGGAUGGGCCCCGAUGGAGCCCUCCACAAAGUCCACGUUAAUGUGCCGCCAAAGACUAGAGCUAUUCUUGACAAGGUGGUCGACAGCACCACAGUCAACUUGCCAGCCAAGCUUUAA